CCGGCAUUUGCCCUCGUUGUAAUAAAAAAAAAACCUUGAAAUAGAAGGAAAAAAAAAAAUACCAUGUCUAAAUUCUAACAACAUAUGAUCAAAUUAUGGAUUCAGUCCUUCAGAUUCAGACAACAGAAAAAAAGUCACCCAAAGGCAAGACAAAAGAAAGAAAAGACCUAAAAAAAACAACUCUUAUUUGACAUAACAGCAUCUAAUUUCUAGAAUCUCUCUCCAUGGAAUCAACAGGCUCUAAACUUUUCACCUUCUUCCCAAUUCUCUUCCUUUUGUUAUCAACUCUAAGCCAGCCAUCAUCAUCAUCAUCACCAGCUGAUAGCAUUAUUGACAAAGACUCUUCAGUCUCUUGGUACCGCACCUUGUUAGCCGUCCAAAGGAACAACAAGAAUCAGAUCCCAAACUGUGUAGAAAUGGUGUCAAGAUCUCAAUGCUUGCAAAACCCAAAGUGCCGUUGGUGCCACAGUGAAGCUCUGGAUGAUAUGUGCUUUAGCAGGGCUGAGGCUUGGCGCUUGCCUCAACAGAUGAUUCCCCUGCAAUUACCUGCUUAAGCACAAAAGGGGCACUUCCUUGAGAGAAUCAGAGUUGGAUCAGUUGCACUAAGAAGGCAGUCUAAACAAUGAUAUGCAUGUUUUGAGAGCUCCAGCUUACUCCUUUUGAAUCUGGCAUGACCCAAGCACAAAGCAGCUACAAAGUCCCCCUUCCCUUCGUUUCUACCUAGUGAUGAGCUGCGAAUCUUAAUGUAGAGCUCAUUAAUACUUGUCUAGAAACUGAAAAGUUUAACCAGAAGAAAGUGAAUGAGGCUACUCUAUGUAUGAGAAAUCCUGCAAUCAUGGGAUUUCUUUCUGUGAUACUCUUUAUUUACCAUCUUAGAUGUUUUGAUCGGCUGUCAUAGUAAUGGAAUAAACUUUUGUUGAAUUAAUUUAAGAGCAGGCUGGAGCUUACUGUCAAACUUUAGCUAUCUUGGCGCUAUUUACACCUUGUAGGAAGCAGAUUCAAGCAGCCUAGAUUGUUUGAAAUCUUCUUGAAAAAAUGUUCAACAGAAUUAUAACCGAAGAAAAGAUUCCAGCAGUCGAGACAC